CUGGGCGGUGCCGGGGCCGCGGCCGGAGCAGCCGAGAGCCGAGAGCGCGAUGGGGGCGGGCCCGCGGGAGCUUUGAAAUGGCGGCCGCUCGCUGAGGCGGCGGAGCGCGGCCAUGGCCACCAAGCGCCUGGCCAGGCGGCUGGGGCUGGCUCGGAGCAGCGCACGGGCGCGGAGCGGGGCGCGGGCGGCCGCGGGGCAGCGCUUCGCCUUCCUGAUCGUGCUGGACUUCGAGGCCACGUGCUGGGGGGACCGCGGGCGGCGCGGGCCCGAGAUCAUUGAAUUUCCAGCAGUCCUGUUAAACACCUCGACAGGAGUGCUUGAAUCUGAAUUCCACAUGUAUGUCCAGCCCCAGGAGCAUCCUAUUCUCUCGGAAUUUUGUACAGAACUAACUGGCAUAACACAGAAUCAAGUUGAUGAAGGGGUGCCUCUAAACAUUUGCUUAUCACAGUUUUUGAAAUGGAUUCAAAAGAUACAAAAGGAGAAGAAAAUUAUAUUCAGUACAGAUGGUCAGAGUAAUUCUACUUCAGAUGCAAAAGCGUGUGCCUUUGUUACUUGGACAGAUUGGGACCUGGGCGUGUGUUUGCACUACGAGUGUAAAAGGAAGCAGCUGCGCAAACCUGACAUUCUGAACUCCUGGAUUGAUCUCAAAGCGACGUACAGGGCCUUCUAUAACAGAAAGCCUAAAGGGCUGAAUGGAGCUUUGCAGGAUUUGGGGAUAGCUUUUGAAGGACGGGAACAUUCUGGGUUGGAUGAUUCCCGGAAUACUGCUCGUCUUGCUUGGAGGCUGAUUUGUGAUGGAUGUGUGCUGAAAGUUACUAAAUCUUUGGAUAAGGCACAUCAGAAGAGUAAUUUAAUUUCCAGAACACUGACUGCAAGCAUCACUGACAAGACUCCACUGGGAAGCAAGAGCAGACCUGAAACAUCUAGAGAUGGAACUUGUGAAACAAAAUCUCUGGCUGAGAACAAACACGACAGUAUUCCUGGAAACAAGAUAAAUUCUAAUGUACAGGCUGGGGAACAGCAGAUCACUUGCACUGAUCCCUCUGCAGGUGUUGUACCCAGCAGCACAAGGACUGAAUUCCAUGCUCAAUCCCAAAGCUCUUCAGCAGCAUCUACUGACAGAUUUCCUGUUCCUCUGGCACAGCCAUGUCCCAGCCCUGCACCAGCAGGCAUCGGGCAGGGACUGAGCAUUGGGCAGCCUCUGAGAACAGCCAGGCCCAGCCUCCCAGCACAGGGAUCAGGGCUGGUGCUUGUCUCCACCACCAUCCCCUCAGUUACUCUCUCCAGUGGGGACAUCAGCACCAGUUCUGAGUGCUUGUCUCUGCUGACAGACUGGGAAGAUGUUGCUUUGAUACCAGAAUCUCAAUAUGAACAAAAUUCAGACUCUGUUCAGCUCAGGGAUGACUCAAGUACAGGCAGCCCAACAGUGUUUGAAGAAGAAACUAUUUCAAAACAAUUGGCUGUGACAAGUUCAGAUAAUCAGACUUUGGAGGAAAGUGUAGCACCCAUGGAACCUCUGAGGUCUGUUGUUUACAAAAGCCCUGAUACUACAAUCUACAAUAUAGGGACAGUACCAAGGCAGACUUCAAAAUUUUCAGCUUUCAAGUUACCAUCUGCAAAGGGAAAUGCUGCUUCAGCACAAUCAGCAUUAAUGGGAAAUUACUCUACUCCUUUAGAGGCUCCUAAAAGAAAGCCAACUAGUCCAAAAACAUGCCCACCAGCAAAAAAGCAGUCUUUUAAUAUAUAUCAAGAGAAAACUUCCUCUUUUGAUCACUCCUUACCUUUGAGAAGUACAAAUUUGCCCAAAGUAUCUGCUGCUGUUCUGAACUCCACAGUCAAUUUGAAUGAGUCUGUAAGAGCUGUGAGAAAUGGAAAAUCAACUCCCCCUCUGUGUAACUGUGGCCGAAGAGCCAAAAAACUCUCUGUGUCAAAUGCUGGCCCAAAUCAGGGCAGAGCAUUUUUUUGUUGUCCUGUUGGCAAGCAAGGAGGUAAUAAGAAAAGCUGUGGCUACUUCAAGUGGGAAUAUGCACUUCUGAAAGAGAAAUCUAAUGGUCCCACCUUUAAUGCAGAUGCUUUGACCUCUCUUGGAACUGUUUCUAGUAAUACAGAAAAUUCUUUCUAUAAAAAGUAUUUGUGUCUUAGACCUUCUAUGAGAACUUGAAAAUGGAUACAAUUUUUUGUCCAAAUCCUAAACUCUCUAAGUUUCAUGCUUAAUGUAAUCAGGACAGUCAAAUGAUGUCAGAUAUAUAUUCUCAGAAUGGGACAAAAAGGACAGUUCUUGGUUAACACUGAUAGAAAGGAAAGUUGCUCAAACACAAAACAGCAGAUCAUAAAGGAACUCCUUAAUUAAGUAUGAGAGAACAGAUAAAGCUACUAAGUGCUAAAAUUAGAGUAUGAGCAGCUCUUGCUACAAUUCUUAAAUUUCUCUUCUAUCAUAGAUUUUAAAUACUUUACUAGUCCAGUCCUUAAAGAUUUCAAUGACACAGAUUUUAUCUGCACUUUUUUCUAAAUGUACUUUUAAUGCCUACAACUUUUAAAUUUUGAAACCUUUGAAACCUUUUAAAAUCUAUUUAGAUGUCUCACAUCAAAAGUGACUCUUGAAGCAACAGUAUUCUCUUAAACUCUUACAGAGUUUUUUUAUUCUUUAAGUAACAAUAAAGAUAAGAUACUGAUAUUUCAUUAAAUACUUUAUUUAACACAUUACUGUUGUGCUCUUUCGUCUCUGAGUUUCCCAUUUCAUUUGUAUCAGUGUCUGCUUUAGCUCCUAGUGUAGCCCCUGGGACAGGCAAAUGAUGGCAAUCGGGUAAGAAUGUAUUCAAACCUAAACUAAGAAGGAUAUAGUGUAAUGUCCUACUCUACAUUACUGUGUAAAUCUGCAAUGUCUUACUUUGUAAAAAAUCCUGCAAAAAAGCAGGAUUUAAUUACAAAGCACUAAUUUUUUUUUUACUUCUAGCGCAGUUUUCUUCCAAUGGUUUUCUUAUACUGGAUUUGGAGCAACCGCCUUGGUCAGUAUUUUCCACAGAUCGGAACCUAUCAGAACCAGAUAAGAACAAUUCUUAACCCCUUAGUUGUCCAAGGGCUUAAAAGUUACAGCAGGGAGAGGCGGCUCUUAGGGGAUGCACACAGACACCUUCCUUUAGGAACUACACUACGGGCCACGAAUUGUUCUGUUAGCCUAUGUU